AUGGUAGCGCCGAAGCUUUUUCUCGCGGUGGCGGCAGGAACUGCUGUUGGGGCGGCCGUAGUUUAUGUGGUGAUGAGUCGCAGGCGAGUGGGUGCGGGCGAGGAGGAUGACGACGCCUUCGGUGGACCCAUCGUCGCGGAUGGAGGUGCAGCCACUACAGGGAAGGUGGCCAACGCUUCAGCGGAAGUUGACGCCGUCGGUUCCACCGCAAGCAAAGGUUCCACCUUCCGCUCUCUGCUUGCAACGAAUGGAGUGGAUGUGGGGUCGGUGGAAAACAAGCUGCUAGCCGAAGCGCUGAAUGAGAUUGAUGUGCAAGCUGCAGUUGACCAGAGGCCGGCGCAGGCGACCGGCACGAAGAGCUCUGGUGCGCUCAAAGGUGGUGAGAAGGAGAAGGAUUUUCCGCUACUUGGCUUGUCAAUGACGCUGCCUCCCGACUGGGAAGUACGCGAGGAUCUUUCCCCGUUCCCCAACGUGGCGAUGCUGGCGGUGUUUAAUAAAGACAUGGAUCCGCAGAAUGCACAGCAGCAGCAGGAGGCUGGGUCGGUGCCGAUGAUUGUGAUGUCCGUUGAGGACGUUCGUGGGGACAACGUGGAUUUACUUGAAUUUAAGGAGCGCUGCAAGGAGUUGGCGGUGAAUCAAAUGCUCAUGAUGACCGGUGGGGCGAUUCAGCCUCUCAUCUCGAAGGACACCACUGUACUGGAGGGCCCAUUCCGCUAUGCGCUGGAGUACGCACAGAGUCUUCCACCUUUGUACGAAAUCAAGGUUUUGAAUUUAAUGGAGGUGCGAAACAGCAUCGCGUACACGUUUCAGAUUAUGUGUGCGCCUAAUAUCAUGCCGAAAUUCAAGCCGGUGUUUAUGAAGAUAGCGCAGGGCAUGCGCAUUAAGGAAAACAUUGACACCGCCUUGGGGUACGUGAAGCUGCACACGGGUACGGUGAAGGUGGAUAUUGACACCAGCUGGGGUUGGGAGUAUCCAGGGAAGCACGGCGCGCUUGUUACUUUUACAACGACGUCCACCUUUAAAAAGGAGGAAAUCAGCCUCUAUGCGCAGGACGCUGUCCCCAAGUCGGCAUAUAUCCCACGCGAGAAGAAGACGAUUGAUGGCGUUGUCGUUGUCUCCGCGUACGAUGGUGCACAGCAGCAGAAGACGUUCACAUGCAAUGGCUAUACGCUGGUUGCGAAGCCGCUGCAAAAGACCUUUUCCUGCCUCGCUGAAAAGGAUCUCGUGGCUGUCGUGAAGUCGGUCGCGCCUUCAAUGCUGCCACCCAGGCCCAAGAAAGGUGGCACCUUCGUGAAUGCCGUGCAUGGCUAUCAGGUGGACAUUGCAGGCGGUAGUCGCCUUGUGGCGAGCCGCAUUGGUGGAGGCUCCGUCGCGUACGCCCCAGCCACCACCGAUGUAGCGGCGUCCGACGAACAGCCACCCGCUGUCACAAUUCGCGUGGGCAGCCCCAAGAACGACCCCGACUGCAUGGGCUCUCUGGAAGAGUGGAUGGAGCGGAUGAAGCGGGAGGCUGCGGAGGGCGGCAUUAGGGAUAUCAAGCGAACGACGAUCAACGGUGAGCCCUGCCUGACGUUUACCUCGCAAAACAUGGAGGAGGUUGCGCCAGGACAGCGCAUGGAGGUGUAUGGGAAGGUUUUCAUAUUUGUUCGCGAUGGCAAGACGACGCUGCUGCGGUGGGAGAUGGCGACAGGACUCUGGAGGAAGUUUGAGCGCGAGAUGAACGCCUUUGUGGAGUCCCUGCAGUUCAUUUGA